AUGAACGCCUUGGCAAUUUUAACCCAGGGAAAUGCUGAAAUGGAAAAGCGCUUGUCCCAGAAGGCACUCAGGCAACAUCAUCCUGCCCCCUCUGGUUCUGGACCACCUCCAGUUUCAUCAUCCUUUAUCAUCCCUUUAUGUAGCCAAGACUCUGAAGGGAGGCCCAGAUCAACAACCAAAACAAAGUCCAACCUUUUUGUGACUUCCGACUGGAGCAAGAAUCAUCAAAGGCAUUUCAAUGCACCUUCUCACAUUCAAAGGAAGAUUAUGUCCUCCCUCUUUUCCAAAGAGCUGAGACAAAAAUGCAAUGUCCGAUCUAUGUCCAUCCAAAAGGAUGAUGAAGUUCAGAUUGUGUGAGGACUGUACAAAAGCCAGCAAACUGGCAAAACAGUCCAGGUCUACAGGAAGAAAUAUGUCAUCUACAUUGAACGGGUGCAGCAGGAGAAAGCUAAUGGCACAACUGUCCAUUUGGGCAUUUGUCCCAUCAGGGUGGUUAUUACUGUGCUGAUACUGGACAAAGACCAUAAAAAAACCCUUGAACAUAAAGCCAAAUCUCACCAAGUAGGAAAGGAAAAGAAGAAAUAUAAGGAAGAAAUGAUUCAGAAGAUUCAUGGACCAACUUCCGAUUUAGCGAAUACCGUGAGUUCCUUGAGCAGAAAGACAAAAGGCUUACGCAGAAGCCACAGCGGUGGGACGCAUCGCUAUGGCCGGGGGCGCAGACACCAGCUAGCGCGUACCGAGCUCGUCUGGGCAGCUCGGCGGGCGCGGCUGACCGGCUUCCACCGACUUAGCUCUCAGAGUCUCAGAGCGGACGAGGCGUCCCCCCAGAGGAAAGACUGGGCGCCGCAGAUGCCCCUCAGAAGAGCAGGGGCUCCAGAGAGGCCAACGGGGCGUGACUUGGACACCAGGCGCGCCGGGACCCCGACCACAUCUACCCGCCGGGCCACAGCCCAGCUACAGCUCAGGGACUUUAAGGCACCCGCGCCCCUUUGUGGCGGGAUCUCUCGCCCAAGCAGGCCGGACGCCGAGGCCUCGCGGUAUCGAGUCUCCGUCCGCCCCGCCUCCUCGCCUUCCAGUCGGCCCCGCCCUCGAGCUCUCCCUCCUCCCCCGCUCCCGCCUCGCUUCCCCGACGAUCUCCUCGCGCUCCCGGCCCGGCACGCCCGCCUGCACCGCUGUCGCCGUCGCCGCCGCCCGCAGUCCCUUCCCCGCGCCGCCGCCGGCUCUGCCGCCACCGCCGCGAGCUCGGCCGCCAGUGGUCCGCGGACUUUGGGUGUCCGGGUUGAAGGUCGGUCCGGACGUCGGACCCAGCUCGGUUCCCGGACUGUCCGGGCGGCAGCGGACGCCGCUGCUGCCGCCUCUUCGUCGCCUCAGCCUGGCGUUUUGUUCCGAGAGACCCAAGAGGAGGUUUGUCUCCGAGGAAGACCCAGGGAACUGGAUAUCUAG